AGGCUAUUUUUAAGUUCUUUGGCAUAAUUUGAACACGUGGCAGUCUCAAAUGUGACGUUGACUCUCGCAAUUUCUACCACUAAAACCAAAAAUCACUACGGGUCAAGACGAACGAAACACCUCCCCUUGCAAUUUACAAACGACGACAGCCCCUCAGGUCUCUAGUAGCAGGAGGCUGUAUGAAUGUGAGAGUCUGCACGUAGCAUUCAGACUCGCAUUUUCUAGAAAUCCAGCCCUAACCAGCAGAUGGCCAACAGUGCGCCGAAACAUCACAGAUAGGACGAAGCAACACAGUCGGUGCUCAUCUUCCCUCCGUGAACUGCAACAGAGUCCGGCUGACUUUAGACUUCAGAGGACCUCAACGGCCUGGGACACAUUUCUGCUACGAGAUGCUCUCGUUUAGGGUGGACCUACCAUGUUGGUGUUUCCUGUUGCUGAGCUGCCUACAGUCGCUCUCAGCCCACAAUGACUUCUUCACCUCCAUAGGUCAGAUGACAGACCUGUUAUACACAGAAAAAGACCUCGUCACCUCUCUAAAGGACUAUAUCAGAGCAGAGGAGAACAAGCUAGAGCGGGUCAAAAGCUGGGCUGAUAAAUUGGAUUCGCUGACAGCCGCAGCCAUUCAAGACCCAGAGGGCUUCCUGGGGCACCCUGUCAAUGCCUUCAAACUAAUGAAGAGGCUGAACACAGAGUGGGGGGACCUGGAGAGCCUUGUACUUAGUGACACCACUGAUGGAUUUAUUUCCAAUCUGACCAUCCAGAGACAACAUUUCCCCACAGAUGAGGACCAGACAGGGGCUGCCAAAGCUCUCCUUCGGUUACAAGACACAUACAGACUGGAUGCCAACACCAUCUCUACAGGAAACCUACCGGGAGUGAAACACAAAAGCCUUAUGACAGUGGAGGACUGCUACGAGCUGGGAAAGAUCGCCUACUCUGAUGUUGACUACUACCACACAGAGCUGUGGAUGGCCCAGGCGCUGAAACAGCUCGAUGAGGGAGAGGAGUCCACUUUAGAUAAGGUGACAGUACUCGACUACCUCAGCUACGCCAUCUACCAGCAGGGGGAGAUAGAGCGAGCCCUGGAGUACACCAAGAGACUGCUUGAUCUGGACCCAGAGCACCAGCGCGCCAAGGGCAACCUGAAAUACUUUAAGUUCCAGUUAGAGAAGCAGAAGAAGGCUGCAGAAGAUGAGGCUGAGAAACAGAAGGAGCGAGGGAAAAGAGAAACAACUGAAAAGAAGAAGAAGCCCAAAAAGGUCUCCAAUAGUUUGAUCCCUGAGAGGAAGAAGUAUGAGAUGCUGUGUCGUGGGGAGGGCAUCAGAUUGACACCCCGCAGGCAGAGCCGACUGUUCUGUCGUUACUAUGACAACAAUCACAAUCCCCACUACGUGCUGGCACCUGUCAAACAGCAAGAUGAGUGGGACCGCCCCUACAUAGUCCGCUACCUUGAGAUCAUCUCUGACAAAGAAAUCGAGAGGGUCAAGCAGCUGGCAAAGCCAAGAUUAAGGCGAGCCACGGUGCAUGACCCCCAAACUGGGAAACUUACCACCGCCCAAUACAGAGUCUCCAAGAGUGCUUGGCUCACUGGCUAUGAAGAUCCGAUGAUUGACAAGAUCAACCAGAGAAUUGAGGAUCUCACAGGGCUGGAAAUGGAUACUGCAGAAGAGCUGCAGGUUGCAAAUUAUGGCGUUGGAGGUCAAUAUGAACCUCACUUUGACUUUGGAAGGAAAGAUGAGCCAGAUGCCUUUAAAGAGCUAGGCACUGGGAACCGCAUAGCAACAUGGCUCUUCUAUAUGAGUGAUGUAUCAGCAGGUGGAGCCACAGUAUUUCCAGAUGUUGGUGCUGCAGUUUGGCCCCAAAAGGGUACUGCAGUGUUCUGGUACAAUCUCUUUGCCAGUGGGGAAGGAGACUACAGCACCAGACAUGCAGCUUGCCCUGUGUUGGUGGGCAACAAGUGGGUAUCAAACAAAUGGAUUCAUGAACGAGGCCAGGAGUGGCGGCGACCUUGUGGCCUAAACGAAACUGAAUGAUGGAAACAGAAAACCUUCUAAUCACACUCCCUCCCUUUCUUUCCCCUUCCUUGUGAACCACCCAGGACCAAAGAACACUGUUGCAGAUCACAGAUGAUACACAUGGAUACAUGGGGUCCAAAUGGCUCACUCCCCCUGCUCAAACACUCCCUUUUUUUCCCAACUGUAGUGCUCUGAGCCCAGAGAUUGUUUGGGUUAAUUUCGAGCCCCUGGACAGUAUAAGCAUUGCUGUGACAGAUAACGUGUUCUUCAGGUUGUUGGAUGGUUGUGAGAAACACUCUUGCCCUUUUCACUCCCAUGUGUCUGUGUUUGCACUCUGUUUGAACUCUAGCUCUGUGGUGAGGUUAUCCUUCAGUAGUGACUGUAGGGACCAGUUUCCUCCUUGCCGUUUUGAACCUUAAAGGAACAGACUUUUUUAAGAAGCUUGUCUUAUUCAUUGUAUUCCUCUAAUUCCAUUAAGUAAGCACUUGGACUUGUGGUUGUUGAGACAAUGAAAGGAUUUUCUGUAGCAUUUUAACAAUGCAAAGUCUCCUGGGAUGUAAACUUUUUUUUUUUUUGGUAAAAUUACAUGCACCAUCUUCAAAACGGUUUCCUAAACAGCUUGCUACUCAGAGGUAAUUUUUCUUGCUUGUGACGUUACAAAGAAACUCAUGCAGUAGGUUUGCUGAAUUUCUCUCAUCUUUCAUUAUUUACAUAAGGUUGCAAUCUCUGCUCUCAGUAACUCAACUUCAGAAAAAACAAAGAGCCACUUACAGCGUGUUACAAAAUAACCAGACAUAAAAAAAACAAAGUGGAAAAUCUGACCACAGUCCAGUUCAGGUUAAUGUUUUUGGGGAAAAUCACUUUAUUCCUGUUAGGUUGUGUAACUAAUAGGGAGAGAUUUAAGUUUCAUGAUUAAGUCUACAUCUAUGCAGUACAUUAUCGUACAUAUCACACAUCUUGUCUGCCUCUAGUGUUUUUUUAAACUCAUCUGAAAGGUCACACAUUGUUUCAUAUUCUUAAAUUUGUCGUACUUGAACAAACUGUGCACACAGAUGCACAGGCACACUUACACCUGGACACAUAAACACAAUUACAUAUAUUCCAUAGCUGCAUUGAACUUAGAGUUAUAUUUCACAAGUUGGUAUUUGUUCACCUUGGUUGUCCCAGUAUUGUGAAAGGCCCUAAAUGGCCAUCAGCUGUUACUCUGAGCAAGAGAAACAAAUUUAGAUACACUACAUUGUACAGGUUUAAAUCUGCUGUUUAUGAUAAAGUCAGUGAUUUAUCAGAGAAUCUCCUGGUAGGUUUACAACAGCACCCAUGAUCAGUGUUUUUCAGUGUGUGAAUACAUGGGUUUCCCAAGGAAGAAGAAUUUUUAUUUAUAUCUCCCAAGCCCAUUCUUGUGUUAUUUUUUGUCACAAAUGAAAGUCUGAAAUUGUUUUUUUUUUCUACAAUAAAGGCUAUUUUAUUGAUCUCAAGGUAA